UUUUCUUUUCUCCUCAUUUUACUUCAUUAGGACUAAUUUGAUUCAAAAUGAGAGACAAGUGGAGGAAGAAGGUAACAUUGCUUGAUUCAUGCUGCAGUUUGAGAUGUCCAAGCUAAACACUAGUCUUUAACCACAAACAGCGCCAGAGACGUCUGCGAAGAAAGAGAAAGCAGCAAAAGAAAAAGUAAAUUUGAAUAUCUUUUGAAUCCUCGUUGUUAAUGGUGCACCACUAAGAAAUACGACUGAUCAAGUUUCUCCUAUCAUACAUCAUAUUGCUUAUAUUUUUCGCUUUAUUCGUGGCAUAAUUUAUCAUGUCCUCUAUAUUGCAUCUUAUAUUCAUUUUCUUACAUGCUAUACUUCUACAAAAAAAGGAAAACGCUGAAAUAAAUACCGUUUACAUUCAUUUUAUAACAAUAUAUGUUAUGAUGAGAUUGUAUAAAUGUACGUUGCUUAAUGAUAAUGAUUAUAUUGACUUCGUAAGGCUUUGUUACUGUAGGAUGAUAAAGCAAUAUUUAUCCAGUGACAAUAGUAGCUUGACCGAGUGAAAUCUUGAUGUGCAGGUAAGUAGGCUAAUAUCUACAUCCAUAAAAUCCAUUCCAUUAUGAAUCAAUAACUGACGAUGGUAGGUCGAGCAUCGGCCUGCUUUUAGUCACACAAGCCGAGUAACAGACCGUCUCAUACUCAUAGUUGGGAGUCGCAAUAAGAAGAGAAAACAGAGCAAGAGUGUUAAAGCAGAGAAAAAGAUAGUGAAGAAGAAGAAAACGGCAUCACAAGCUGUAGAGUGUUCAAGUUGUGGGAAUGAUAAUUAUGCUUCCUCUCGUUCGCCUCUUUGUUCUAAU